AUGUCCAAAGAGGACGUCUGCAAAGUGACUCCCGGCAAACACAAGGAGCGCAAGCCCAAGAAGCCCCACUACAUCCCCCGGCCGUGGGGCAAGCCCUAUAACUACAAAUGCUUCCAGUGUCCCUUCACCUGCAUGGAGAAGUCCCACCUGUACAACCACAUGAAGUACAGCCUCUGCAAGAACUCCCUGUCUCUGCUCAUAGAGUCGGACUGGCCGUACAAGAAAGGCAACGUCCUGCACCCGGAUCACCUCCGGCCCGUCCAGCCGCCGCACGGCCUUCACGCCGCCGGGAAAGAGGACGCAGAGCAGGGGGUCUGCGCCGAGGAGAAGCCCGGCCGGCGGAGGUCCGUGGAGGGGGAGGGGGAGAGCAGGGAGAUACCAGGACCGGAGGGUGAUGAGGAGGAGGGAGGGCGAGGAGACCCGGUGGAGACCACUGCCCCGACCAAAGGAGCUUCCAGUACCGGCAACCAAGAGGGCACAGAGGGUGUUGUUAAGACCAGUAAACAGCCCGAGUCAGAGUUUCUGAUGGCCAACAUGCUUUCCCUGGAAGAUCAGCUGCUACGGGCCCGCUCUGUAGAAGUAGAGGCCCAGCUGAGACACUACAAGCUGUCAAAGGCCUGUCUCACCGCUCCCGGGCUCCUGACCGACCAGUGGCGGCUGCUGGCCUCCGGCCAGGCGAAGGCCAAAUCCGAGGGCUCUCAGUCUCGAGUGAGUGGCUCAAUCCCUUGUUAUCCUCCCCCAAACCUGGUAGACUACCAGGAUCCCACUGGACUCAACCUGUCAGUGCUGGGAGUGGGCUACCCCAUCAGUCCCGGGCUGCUGUCCUACAUGAACUCGGCGGUGCCGGCCGCGGCGUCCACUGUGUCGGCGCAGACCCACUCCCAGCUGACCCACUCCCAGCUGGCCCAGAUCCCCUUCCUGGCAUCGGCCGCUCAGCUCAUGCAACCGGCCUCCAGCUCCCACCCGGACAGAUCUCUCAUAUCCCCCCGUCUCUACUACCCGUUCCUGUGCGAGCACACGUUUGGACUGUCCUCGGGUCAGAGCGAGGCCGGCAAGUCUCACAAGAGCCCCACAAACAGUCUGGAUGCGAGUCUUUUGUCCAACUUCCAGCCCAAAGUGAAUCUGUGGAAAGUGCCUGCUCUGCGCCCCGGACACUCUUUAGCUCCCGGCGGCUGGGUGUCGCCUCAGGGAGACCCUCCUGACCAGGGCUACAGGCUGGGGGAUAAAAUACCGUCUGCGGGCAAGGACGGCAGUGGAAGCUGGGGCGUCAAAAGGAGCGGAGCUGCACUGAGAGCUCACGAGGAGCCCGCAGAGAAGAGGCCCGGUAUGGCCUUCACUCUGGACCUUCUGAAGAAUUUUCAGGCUGCAUCAUCUGAGAAACUCUUCCAAAGCAGCCCAAAGGACGCUCGGUGCCAGACCAGGCUGACUGACCAGUGGCACAGCGACCCUGUGGUCAGUCCCGACGGCGACCUGCCCUCUCUGCCCGCCGGCGUGGGAACCAACUGUCAGUACGCGUCCACGGCCAGGUCGGCGGAGGAGGGAGCCCCUGAAUCGGUGGCGGCCCUCCUCAGCGAUCUGUCCAAAGCUCUGCACGACUACCAGGAGGCCGAGCGCAAAAUCUCUCACCUGGAGAGGGAGGACCUUCCGGCCCAGCGACACCUGUGGGAGCACCUGGGCAAAAUCCGCAGCGAGCUGUCCCACAUCCACCAGGCGCUGGAGCGGACGGCCGGCCAGAGCGACGGACCUCUGGACCUGUCGGUCAAGAGGGACUCGACCGACCCGCCGGGCGAGCAGAGCAGCAGAGAGGAGGACGGCCUCAGAGGCAACGCCACAGAGACGGAGGAGGAGGACGAGGAGCUGGAGGAGAAAAAGGAUGAGGAUGAAGAGGAGAGCGAGAGAAAGCUGAUGAGGGACUCACUGGAGAGUCGCAAACAGUCCCUGGACAUGCUGAUCAAGAUGAGUCAGGCCUCGGUGGUCAACACGGAGGUUCUCCCGGCAGGUGGUCUCGGCCUGAGGCCAGCGGAGGCCCUGUGGGCCAGCAGAACUACUAAGUGCGAGGCAGAUUCCAGCGUCCUGCUCUGCCCAGAUGGCCGGUCAGUAGUUUUCACCGAUAUCCCCUCGUCUGCCAAACCUCCAAAGAGACCCCCGUCCAUCCAGCGACUGGAGGCCCAAUGA